ACUGCGGUGCGAGCGUCGGAUUGAUGGACGUUUCUUUCCGUGAAUGUGGUCGUACUCAUCGAGUAGUCUCUCACGCACUACCCUUCAACAUCGCCUAAGAUGAGCGCUGGAACUGCCCCAACGAUCCCAACAGAGUUCCAGCAAUACAAUUCAUACGUAGAAGAUCCGAAGUGGCAGCGCAGGUUCACCGCUAUCUGGGCGUCAUGUGUCGGUGCUGCGAUUCUGUACUCCUUGCCCUACCUUGUUCGCUCGAUACGCAACAGAAGGACUUGGUUGUGGUUUCAAGGCGUUAGCGAGGACUUUAGCGCCAAAGGGAUAUAUGUGCCCCUCCAGCAGGCUACACCGCGCCGCUCGAUACCAGCAAAGAAGCACCUAGAAUGCAUCUUCGGGACCAUUGGGAGCGUCACGUUGUGGACACCUCCGUUCCUUGCACUGAAUGUUGGACAGAUCUUCGUAAUCCUUGCCUACCUUGCCAUCGUGCUGGUAUGCAUCAUCGUCGACGCUCAACUGAAAGACAACCCCAACCGAGCCGGGUUCCUCGCUCUCGCGCAGUUACCUGUGGUCUUUCUGUUCGCCACGAAGAAUUCCUUGCUCUCGUUGCUCCUGGGCCCCGGGCACGGGUACGAGAAGCUCAACUACGUGCACCGCUGGUCUGGGCGGUUCAUGUUCCUCGGUGCGGUCGUGCAUGGGUCGCUCUGGAUUAGGAACCACUUGGAGUGGAACCUGACGAUUCUGGGGGAGCAGAAGGAGACGAGCGGGAUUGCUGCGCUUGGGGUGCUGUGUGUGAUUGUGCUGACGAGUGUUAGGCCUGCGAGGAGGGUUUGUUAUGAGAUCUUUUUUGUUGUUCAUGUCCUUGGGUUCGUGGCGUUCUUCAUCACGAUAUGCUACCAUACGACGUAUGCGUCUCCGUGGAUAUUCCCUCCGUUGGCGUUUUAUGGCCUGGAUAUGCUCAUGCGUCUGUUCCGGUAUCGAAUCAAGGAUGCUACUGUCACUGCUGUUGACAACCAGAUGACCAUCAUUCGUAUCCCAGACUGUGAUUUCGGCUGGGAAGCAGGGCAGCACAUCUGCUUACGGGUCUUUUUCUCAGGACGCGUAUUCGAGUCUCACCCGCUGACUAUCCUCUCGGCGCCUAGUAGGGUCUCGUGUAUCUCCUCGCCUGGGAUCAUACUGGGAGCGAGGGUGUCGGGUGAUUGGACGAGGGCGCUUAAUGUGUUCACUGCCAAUGAGAGUGCGGAGAAUAAGACAAAGUGCUUGGAGCAUGAAGACAAGGCUGGGACUACUGGGGCAGACGUUCCGGUGCAGGUUAUGCUGGAUGGACCCUAUGGAGGGUGUAGUAUUGAUUUGGGACAGUACGAGAGCGUGCUGUUGUUCGCUGGGGGGAGCGGAGCGACGUUCACGAUUGGUUUGCUUGAUGAUAUCGUUGGGAAGUGUGUCAAGCUUGGGAGGCCUCGUGGGGAGCGGACUAAGAGGAUCGAGUUUGUGUGGUGUAUACGGUCUUUUGGCUCGAUCGAUUGGUUCGCACCUAUGCUCAUGGAUAUCACCAACGUCGCUGGGCGUCCCGGUUCGACACUAGACGUGCACGUCUCGAUAUACGUUACGUGUCUGUGUAACCCCGAUGCAGUACCAUCUAUUCCCAACUCGGACGUGAUCUUUGAGCGUCCUGGAUUUGGGAAGGUGCUUGGGGAUUUGGUUACACCUCCUCCGCCUGAUGAUGAGGAAGAGAAGAAGUUAAGUUGGGUAGGUCUGGGUGGGGGCGUUGGGGUGUGUGUCUGUGGGCCUGAGAGUUUAAUAAGGGAGGCGUCUAAUGCCGUUGCGAGGCUUGGGAUGACGAGGAGUGGGGAGUUGGGUGGGGUGGGGCUGCAUACGGAGUUGUUUUCUAUGUGAAGUGUGUAUAAUGUUAAUACGUUGCCAAGUCCGUGGAUAUGGAUGAUUUAUUUUGGCUUAAUUGCUUGCCUCGCCAUUCAAUCAUUGCAGAG